UUCCAAUCCCCUCCCAAUCAUGUGAUUCAGGUGUUCCAAUCCCCUCCCAAUCAUGUGAUUCAGGUGUUCCAAUCCCCUCCAUGGACACAGGUGUAUACAAUCAAGCCCCUAGGCAUGCAGACGGCUUCUACAAACAUUGGUGAAAGAAUGGGUCGCUCUCAGGAGCUCAGUGACUCCAAGCGUGGUCCCGUGAUAGGUGGCCACCUGGGCAAUAAGUCCAUCCGUGACAUUUCCUGGCUACAACUAAAAUAUUCCACGCUCAACUGUUAGUGGGAUUAUAACAAAGUGGAAGCAACUGGGAACAACAGCCACUCAGCCA